CCGACGAAGAAGCUACAAUCCUUUCGCGACCCAACACGACCACAAGCUAAGGAUUUCUAUAAAGUAUAAAGUUUUCGCCAACUAGCGCAUCCACAUCAGUUGGUGUUGAGUGUCGGCGCUAAGAAGAUCAACAAGUCCCUCACAAAAAACCACAAAGAUGACGAAGCUGCCGGUUCUCGCGAUCGUCUGCCUGGCAGUGACGUCAGCGCUCGCGCAAAACAAUAGCGAUGUAAAUAAGAAACCCACGAACCCACAACCACCAUUACCACAAGGUGGUAGUGGUGAUGGCGGAAGACAAUUUCCUGCUUUUAAUACAGCUGGUACUAUUUUACCACAACCGCAACCUGGUUAUCCGGGUUAUCAGGAUGAUAUUUCCGGAUUUGGUCCUUAUGCUAGUCCACAACUGGGUUUUGGCGGAUAUUAUCCGCAAAUCCAACCACAACAACCGCAAGGUUACCCCGGUCAACCACAGAUUGUUUAUUAUUCGGGGACGGGUCAACCUUUCCUUGUAAAUCCGGGUAAUCCACCGGGGAAUUUCCUUAUUCCGCAAUUCCCACAACAACCAAACCAACCUGUUGAUCCGAAUAUCUUCAACUCUCAGCCGGUUUAUCCGCCGCUCACACCGCAAAACCCACAAAUACCACAGACGCCCGUUUUUGUGGGCCCGGGUGGUGCAGGGUUCCCAAAACAACCCGUCAUCCCACCUAUUGAUAAAGACGCUGAGGAAAUCCCGAAGGAUAUUCCAAUGCAAGGUGGAGCUGCUGCGGCAAAUGUCCCAAAGAAACAAAAACCGCAAAAAAUCGAAUUGGACGACACCGAAGAAGAUACAACCGCUAAACCUGCUCAACCCUCAGGAGCAACUCCACAAUCACCUCAACCAGGGUUAUUAAACCCAAAUUUGUUGAAUUUACGCCCUGGACAGCGGUUUUUCAUACUCAACGGCCAACCCCUAUUCUCUAACUACCCUAAUUUUGGUUAUCAACACCCCAAUUUGGUCCCAGAACGCUUUGCAAAUCCAUAUCUCCAACGUCCGCAACAAUUCUACCCGCAACAACAACCACAACGUGAUCAUCAACAAUUUAAACCAAUUAGCUCUUCAUUGGCUAAUAUUAUCAUUCGUAAUCAACCGCAAGUUGUGCGUCAACAUGUAGUACCUGCACAUUUGAAGGGUCACAACUUCCCGCAACAACCUGAUGGUUUACCAAUCACCCUACAUAAUCAAGAGGUAGAUAAAAAUCUACAAUCUGUUUUACUAGCAAAGGAUGGUCUACAAUCUCGCUAUUAUGAAAAAACAAUUCCCUUUGAUGAACAUCAAAUCCCACUUGCACAGGAUCAAGUUCAACCUGUUUUUGAUACCAACCCAGUUGGUAAUUUCGAUUAUUACAAAUACAAUGACGCUGCAGAGGAUUCCGCGAUUAUAAUCGACGCAAAGUAUCAAGAACCCAACGAAGUCGAAGAUGAAGUUGAAGAUGAAACUGAGAAACCAGCCGAAUCGAGCGUCGCUGAAGCGCAACCAGGCGCUAUUGCGUUAGCGGGUGAUGGCGGUGUCGCAGCUGCAGGCCCACGUGGUACAGCCUUGGCUGGCGAAGGUGGAUUAGCUGUGUCGAGCCCGCAUGCCACUGCCGUUGCGGGGCCUGCUAAAGACGACGCGCAAGAUGCAACGACAGAGGGCAAAAAGAAGCCAGCGACAAAGACAAAGUAAACCGAGCUGUGCAAAAUUACUUAGCGAUAAGUUUAAUGUAUUAAGAUGAAUUACUUAGCCAAGUUCGUUGUAUGUUUUAUAUUUUUUAAUAAAAUGCGAACAAAAAACCAA